GAUAAAAGAAUGCCUUAAAGCGGAAUACCACAAUAUAUUUUUAUCUGAACUAUAUGGCCAACUACAUAUUUUUGAAAAGUUAUUAACUAUUGGGAAUGAUUGAUCUUUUUCAUGGCCGGGAGUGGUAUGUCAAUUAUUCACGCUCCUGGGGACGACACGGCGGAGUUAUCAAUCAACCAAAGGGUGCUAAUGGAGCUCUUGCAGCAGGAUCAUUGUUACAAGCAGAUGCUUCACAAUUUGGCAAUAAUGAAGCAAUAGAGUCUUAUUGGGCUAUGAAAGCGCAUAAACAUGCUGAAGUAUAUAUGAAAUUGAUAUCAUCAAUUGAUCCGAAAAAUAUGAAACUCACAAAAUUUGAUGAUGUUAUAUACAGAUCAUUUAAGAGAUACUUCAAAGAUUUAAAUAUUGAAAUGAUCAAUGAAAACGAUUUGAAAACAGAGGAAGCAAAAGCUAGAUGGCGUCCCUUUUGUGAAAUGUUUAAGGACAAAGUCGAUGACUACAAUUUUGGAACAUUAUUAAGAAAAAAUGUAAAAGAAGACUAUACGGAAGAAAACUGCUUUCUUGUGACGCGUAUCCAGUUCUUCGCCAUUGAAUUGGCUCGAAAUAAACGCGGUCUGAACAUGUUUCAUUUGAAGAAAAACGAAGCUAAUAACAACGAACAGAAUAAACAAGUUGAAACAGUUACUGACGGCAUAAAAACGAUAAACACAGACGGUAGCGAAGACGAUAGGUAGCAUAAAUGCCGAUUAAUCGUUGUUUGUAUAUUUUUUUAUGUGAAAAAAGUCCAAGGAA